AUGCUCGCCACGGCCGCCGGGAAGGACGCCGGGAAGGACCAGCUGCAGAUCAUUGUCAAGAAGGAAGUCAGCUGCAUGUACCGUUCGCAGCCAGGCGACACGGUGUCCGUUCACUACACGGGCAAGUUGGAGGACGGCACGGUGUUUGAUUCGUCGCUCACAAGACAUAAGCCGAUCCAGUUCAAGUUGGGUGUCGGUCAGGUCAUCAAGGGCUGGGACGAGGGGUUGAUGGAGAUGUGUGUCGGGGAGAAGAGAAAGCUCGUGAUACCCUCCGAGAUGGCGUACGGGAAGCGGGGCGCCGGUGGUGUCAUUCCGCCAGACGCCACGUUGAUAUUCGACACCGAGCUCAUGGACAUUGCCAAGGACGAGUUGUAG